AUGCCUGUGCACAGCGGAGUGAUACUGUUUGUUAACAGUCCCAGUGCUAUCAGCCCUCUUGGAAAGUCUCUUGACCAAUCAAAUCACUCGGGGGAACCAGGUCUCUCCAUCACCACACCCAAGAAGAUGGAAGCACUGACGGAAUCUUGUUUGCUAAUCCCAGCUUCAGGCAGUGCCAUAGAGCCAUUGAGAAUCCCAGAUUCUCCUUGGAGUCCCAGGAUUAACACCUCAGGAGGUCUGGAGGAGCUGAAGGAGAAGGAGUCUGUCUCUAUAACCUGCUCAGCUCCGACUCCCUGUCCACUCUCACCUCCUGAACUCACCUGGAAUCUCCAACCAGACUCUGGCAGACAAACACAGAAGAACCCAGAUGGAACCUCUACAACUAAAAUCCAGGAGAACAUGACUCUGUCAGACACACAUGAUGGAUACAACAUCACAUGUUCUGUCUCAUACCCUGUGGAUGGAGGAAAAUGUCUGAAUACAACAGAGACAGUGACUCUUCUUGUUUCCUAUGCUCCUAAAGACACCUCAGCAUCCAUCAGUCCAUCAGGUUUGGUGUCAGCAGGUAGCUGGGUGAAGCUGAGCUGCUCCAGCAGAGCCAAGCCUCCCGUCAGCAGCUUCAGCUGGUUCAGGAACAGCUCAGAGGGACCCGUUCAAGUAUCUGAGGAGCAGCUUUACAGCUUCAACGUCUCUGAGGGAGGAGAAUUUUACUGUGUGGCUGCAAAUAAUCUGGGGAAUCAGACGCCAUCACUGAUCUGUCUGGAGGGUAACGAAUUAAAACUUGUGUUUUUGUUUCCUUUUUUUAAGAGAUCUGAAUGAUUUUCAGAAACCGUUAAUGAAAUAAAUGAACUGAAAAGUUGUGGUUCAAAUAAUCUGAUUCAUUAGACUAAUUAUGUUUUAAAAACAAAAACAACUUUUUUUGACUCAGUGUCCCAUUGCUUAUUUACUCAUUAGAUUUUUCUGCAGCAUUACUUCAUUUCAGAUUGUACUCUUCUUCAAAACACAAGUAUAAAACUGUUUACAAUAAUAUGACAGGAAAUCACUUUUAUAGGAGGAGCUGAGCUUGUUUUGUUACAGAUAAAGCGUCUGGACUCAGUGCUCAUAUUACAGCGAAGAUCCUGGGAUUAGUGAUACUCUGCAGCUCAGUCCUCAUGUUUGAGUGGUGAGAUGUUUUUAUGAGUUAAUAGUUUACAGCUGAUCUGUUGGUGUUUAGCUUCAGAUAAUAUUCCCUGUUUUCUUGUUCCAGCUGGUUUAAAUCAAGAUUCUCCCUGAAACCAAAGAAGGUAACAUGACAGUAAAACAAACUAAUUAUUUUCCUCUAAAAAUAUCUGACAUCAAUGUGUAAUAAAUCAGAAUAAGAAUCAGCACCAGAUAUCUUCUGAAGUGCACUAAUGAGGCGGAUCAGUUUAGUCUGUGUGAACAGGUGGAAAUAAAACAGCUGUUAGAGGAUCCAGCUGUUUAUAGUCUGAAUGAAUCUUCGUGUUCAUCACAUUUACAGAUGAUUAGAGGAAAGAUUAAUGUGGUGAAAACAGCAGCAGAGCAGCUGAAUCAUCAUGUUUUCAUUUGUUGAAAGUAGAGUCAGUUUGCUGUUAUUUAUCAGUGGACGUGUUUGUUGUAAAUAUAGUAAAUAAAUACUUGGAACUGCAGUAAAUCCUCUAGAAGAUCACAUAUCUGUUGUUUUAUGUCCACAGGAGAAUGAAGAAGCUGUUUAUGUCAACAGAGUGAUAGAGAUUCAGACAUCAUGAGACACAAGGAGACGAGGAAGACGUCCUAGCCCUAACCCAUUAUGUAGUUCUGUCUGUAACGUUUGUCUUUAUCAUGCUUCAAACGCCCAAAAUCACAAUUUGUCUGUUAAGGUCAUUUUCAUUUUGUUGCAAAAAUAUUAUAUUUUUAGAAUACUGUUUUAAGAGCAUUUGUAAAACAGAUUUUUCACAGUUUUUGUUUGCGAGUUUUAAUGUAAAAAGAAAACGUUAGAUUUCUGAAGAGUUUUAUUGAAUUAAUGUGAGACUGUGUUUAUUACAGAUGAACAAACACCAGACUAGAGACACAAACACUUCCUGUUGUUUGUUGCUCUGGCUCCAUGUGUCACCUUACUCAUAAACACUAGAUUUAUUAAUUUAA